AUGCGACUGUUAAAGCCAAGCUGGGUGGAACAUGAUGGCCAGCCAAUAUUUUCCAUUGAUAUCCACCCUGAUGGCUCAAGAUUUGCCACUGGAGGCCAAGGAGAUGAUUGUGGGAAGGUUGUUAUAUGGAACAUGGCUCCAGUACGAGAUGAGAAGGCUGAGAAAAAUGAAAGUGUUCCAAAAGUUCUGUGUCAAAUGGACAACCACCUAGCGUGUGUAAAUUGUGUAAGAUGGUCAUACAAUGGUAAAUUUCUGGCGUCUGGUGGGGAUGAUAAACUUGUCAUGAUUUGGCAGACUAGCAGAUAUUCCGGACCUUCAUCAACGUUUGGUUCUAGUAAUAAAGUAGUGAAUAUAGAACAAUGGAGGCCAGUGUUUACUCUCAGAGGUCAUUCUGGAGAUGUAUUAGAUUUAUCAUGGUCACCCCAUGAUGCCUGGUUAGCCUCCUGUAGUGUAGAUAAUACGGUAGUCAUCUGGAACACCAAUAAAUUUCCAGAACAAGUAGCAGUAUUAAAGGGGCAUUCUGGGUUAGUUAAAGGAGUUACGUGGGAUCCUGUAGGAAAAUAUCUCGCAUCACAGUCUGAUGAUAAAACAUUACGAGUAUGGAGAACGAGAGACUGGCAGACAGAAUCUAUUAUUAGAGAACCAUUUAGAGAGUGUGGAGGAACAACUCAUGUAUUACGGUUAGAUUGGUCACCUGACGGUCAUUAUAUAGUCUCCGCCCACGCCAUGAACAACUCAGGACCAACCGCUCAGAUUAUAGAACGGGAGGGGUGGAAGGUCACCCUGGAUUUUGUUGGACAUAGGAAGGCCAUUACUGUUGUACGUUUUAAUCCUAAUAUAUUUGAAAAAAGAAUUAAAAAGGACAGUGAUAAGUCACAACAGUACUCAUGUUGUGCUAUUGGUAGUAAAGAUAGAUCCAUCUCUAUAUGGCUAACAGCGUUAAAAAGACCUCUGGUAGUAACUCAUGAUUUAUUUGAAAGUUCUAUCAUGGAUAUUUCAUGGAGUAAGAGUGGAUUUGAGUUGAUGUGUUGUUCUAUAGAUGGAACAGUAGCCUAUAUAGAUUUCUCUGUUGAAGAGAUUGGUACAUCACUUACACAGCAAGAAGUGCAAACAGUAUUAGAGAAGAUCUAUGGUAAAGGAUUACCAUUACGCUCCAUGACAACUGGCAACCAGAUUAUAGAAUCGGCGGCCAUGUUGAAUUUACAGCAGCAGGCCCAGAAAGAAUCUCAGGAAAAACAACAGAAUUCUCAGACGGUUUCACCCCAGACACCGAAAACUCCUCAAAAACACCCACUAGCUAAUGGAGAUGUUCCUUUUAAGCCAUUAGAUAAACAGAUAGAGACCAGGACCCCAGAUGGUAGAAGAAGAAUAACACCGAUAUUCCUAGCUCCACAACCAGACUUUGGAGAAGCACCGUUACCGUUCCCUGGUAACGUAAUAACAACGGAUUCCAACAUCUCCUUCGCUACCAGUAAAGAUCCGAGUAAAAUUCAGGUGGAAAAACUAGAUAGAGUUACUGUUCCUGGUUUGGUCUCACCUUCAUCGAAGUCUACGACAUCACCACAAACUGGAUCAAACCUCUCGGAACCUAAACCCAGUCCUCUUUUAGAUAAAAAGGCCUCAGGGGAUAAGAAAUCAGAAGCUGCAGUGUUUCAGCCAAUGACAGCUUUAGAGAAAACUCCAGAAAAAUCAGAAAAACCAAAAGUAACCACUAGUACACCAGUUGAAAAACGUGUGGAUAAGGAGAAGCUAAAAGAUAAACCAGUUGGUCUCUCGUUAAAACGAAAGAAAGGAGAUGACAAAUUAAGUAAGGCUGGACGAUCAAAGAAAGACCGAAAAGAUUCCGACAAACAAGUGACGUCUCUCUCAGCUUCUAUUGCUGGACCAUCAUUCCGUACCUUCUCACCACCAUCGAAUGAAUUAAGUCUACCAGUACAAACUAUAGAGAAAACAUCAACAUUACAGAUAAGUGGUAAGGCAGGGGAAGAGAACUCUAUCAGUCUAGAAGUAGAGAAUAAUGUCCAGUGUGGUCUGGUAACGGUACAUAAAUUACGCUUGGUUAAAGACAGCGAGACAUCAUGGGAACAAAUUUUAACUUCACCAAUAAACAACAUGGCAGCUUCCAGAUGCGUGGCGUGUGUUAGUUGUGAAGAUAGCUCUGUAUCAAUCUUCAGUUUUGGAGGAAGAAGAUUAUUUCCAAGUCUGGUUCUAAAUUCUAAAAUUUCCUAUCUCCAUUGUUCAUCAUAUUUCGUCAUGGCAAUCACUCAAAAAGGCAGCUUACAUGUUUGGAAUAUGCAGAAUAAAAUGGCAACUAUAAACAAUGAAAAUAUCGCUAGUAUUAUCAAUGGUAAUAUAGAAGUUGAUACAGUGAAAAUAACAAGUGAAGGUUUACCUGUUAUUACUUUAUCUAAUUCUAAAUCUUACUCAUAUCAUACUGAUCUCAAAUCUUGGGUUUUGAUACAUGAAAAUAUCAACAAUGUUAUACAAUGUUCAGAUUAUCAGUACUGUAAACUAUCUAGUCAGAUUACUGGACCAUUGAUAUCAUUACAAAAAUCACACAAUAGGGCAGGCAUGUUGGCAUCCAGGACCUCCAGUUCAGCAACAUCUGUCCAGCAGACUGCUACUGUCAGCCACCUUGAAAAUCAGGUUGCCGUCUGCUUGGGUUUGAAAUCUCAAGAUGAAUAUAAAUUCUGGUUUUUGUCGUACGUUCGAUAUCUUGUACAGGAGGGAUUUGAAGUAAAGUUACGAGAAGUCUGUGAUGAUUUACUCGGCCCUGUUAUUAAAAAUAAAUCAACUUCAUGGAACGCGCAUAUAUUGGGACUGGAUAAACAUGAAUUAUUGAAAGAAAUUCUUCCAAUUAUUGGCUCAAAUCUUCGAUGGCAGCGUCUAUAUACAGAAUAUCAGGAACAACUUGAUUCCUUGUGAAAUUAUUUUUGAUAUUCCAUUGACAUAACUUAAACGUUAAAAAAGAAUUCCUUUAAAUUAAAGAAGUACUGAAUGACACUUUUGUUAAUGAAUUUAUUGAAGGAGUUCUACAACUUGUGAAGUAAUUUUAUGACAAGAAGCAAAAAUGGUUGGUGAAUUUCCCAAACACUUUGCUUGUAUUUUGAAGAUAUGUACAGUUGUUUAGUUAGAAGAAACGCUGAUAUUGUUUGGUGCAGUUUAGAGAGUUGUUGCAGUGUUUUAUACAGAUUAUGGGACAGUAUUUUGUGAAUUUCUGAAUUUGAAAAAGUUGUGCAGAUUUUUUGCGAAAUAAAGACUUUGACUCUAUAUUUCUGGACAUAUUUAAGAUAUUGGAAAUUAUACUGCUUGAACAGACAGUUUGAAGCCGUUUUUAACAGAAUUUGUGAAACCAAAGCUGAAAAUUAUUUGGCUUUCAACAUAAAAACCACCCUGAUGUUGCAAAUGAACUAUUCUUAACAUUAUCAUAUUGCUAGAAAAAGCAUGUGUGUGGAUGAUUCCAUUAAAUGUGGAAGGGUGUCAAAUAGACGACUGGCACAAUAGUGUCUUCGUUGUUCCUUGGAUGACAACUCUAAUCGGCGAUUUUUGUUCCAUAAAACUGUGUCAAGUCAACAUUUUUACAGUCUUAUUGGUCACAAAUGUGGACCAUUUUUAUACCAGCCUCAAGUUCUGUUCACCAAUUCUACAAAAUCCAUAAAAAAUGACUCCUUGUUUCAUGAAAGCAUUCAUAAAUCUGUUUAUCCUCAUUCAUUCAUCCUUAUUUCUAAUUUAUUGAAGACAAGUUGUGUUCAGUGUGCACUUUCUAGGUUUUAGGAAAUCAUGAAUUUUCAUGCUAUAUGAAUUGGAAGAUUUAGAAUUCCAAUGGAAAAUUUCAACUUUGUGACAAAAAACAUUUUGCCAUUUUGAUGUUUUGAAGAGCUCUUAGUUAGUGACAGUUUUGGCUGUUUGAAAAAAAAUGUGUGCCAUUUAGUGGGGUUAGUAAGGCAGCAUAUCUACAACGCUGUAACUCAGACCAAAAUAGAUUGAUAAUAGUGCUAAAAAGAUUUUGUAUUCUACUUAAACGAAAUAAAAUACAUCUUUAG